GCCAAGUUCCAUGCGGGCGUGGCCUGGGAUGCGCAGCAGGAUGUGCGGCUGUGCCGAAGCUACUUGAACGUGUGGGACGGGCAGCUGUGGGCGCCAUCUAACUGCGAUGGGCUGUACUGCGGCGACAGAACCAAGCUCAAGGCCAGACCAGGCUCCAGCGCUCCACACAGCGGCCCCAGCGGCCGCAAGAACGUCACCCUGCUGGCCCGGUACUGCAAGGAGCACGUGUCGCGGAGCUGCGACCACUCCGCGCUGGCCAACGCUACGCGGCUGCCGAGGCCGUGCACACUGGCCGAGAGCUUCCUCACCUCAGGCGACAGCCUGACGCUGGAGCUGAAGUUGGCCGACUCGACGGCGCUGAGGCCAGUGACUUUCAAGGCACUCUACGAGUUCGUGGACCUACACGUGGACGGGGAGCCCUACGGUGACGGGCCGUGCUCCAGGAGAUUCGGCAACGUCGCACAAGGUGACAACGAUGCUCAACACACGUUCCGAUCUCCGAGGGACGUGUUUCUGUAUGGAAGAGGGGGCGCAAAGAACAUCAGCUGUGUGUACCGUUUCGAAGUGAACAAGGACGAGCGCAUCAAAAUCACCCUUACUGAAAUGACAAUCAAGCAUCGCGCCUGUCAAACUGUCAUCAGCAAGGACACGAAUCGUCUAGACUGUCUCGGCAACUCCUCUGCCACUCUCAGGUUCUAUGAGCUGCCCUGGGCAGACGUACCGGGCGUACCCAGAGACUGCCUUUGCGCCGUCGACAAAGACAAACUCAUUCCCUUCACGUACGUCUCGACAACCAACGUCGUGGAGUUGAGGUUCAACGUGAUCGGAAUGAACGCUUCGGACGACUUCGAUUCGUUGUUCUUCGAGGGCAGCUGGAAGUUCAUCAAGACGCCGGGGUGCGAGAGGGAUUUGAGGCUGAGAGGACCCAGUGGGGAGGUUGUGUUUUCCUAUCCUCCUCCUCCAGAACAGGCAAACUGCGAAUUCAAUCCUCGUGUUAUUAUCCCAGCACCCAACAAGUACCUGUACGUGAAAAUACGUGGUUCCAUUAUGAAACAUUCUACCAAAAUGGGGAACGGUACCAUACGCACAAUCACAACUGGCCAACAUUGUGACACUGCCAACAGAAUCAUGAUCCACACUGCCCUGUACACGGCCCAAGUAUGCCCCAGUGAGCGCUACUCUCGGGCCCACCUGGUGGAGGUCUUCUCCGAAGGCUGGCACCCCAGAGGCGACCAGGCGGUCGACGGAGUCGCCCUGGAAAGGAUUCAGAUCGACCGUCUCGGCCUGGAGCUAUCCAAGACGGUGGUUGUGGAGUUCUACGGGAGGCAGGAGGGGGAGUAUUCGAUUAUGUGGUUGGAAUUGGCCAGAAGGCGUGACUACCCGCCCAAUGGUCUCGGCCUGUUCAUGAUGCAUCCCGACGAAUGUCAGUUCUUGUGCCCCGAACUGGCCGCCUGCGUAGACCCUUCGGUGUGGUGCGACGGCCUCGAGGACUGCCCUUCGGGCAUCGACGAGGCGCUGACGCACUGCUCGCUGCUCUUCCAGCUGCCCCCCGUCUACCUCUUUUUCGGCGCCUUGGGGGUCAUUGUUUCCAGUAUUCUAACGAUACUCAUCUUGUGGAAAACAUGUCGCCGAAGGCCCAGAUCUAUCCUCCAGACUCGCCUCAAGAGCCUAUCCUCCGACACCGCCAUCAUCGACGAAAAGGGCAUCUACAGCUACAGCUGAC